AUGCCUUCCGGAAUCAUGUCCGUUAUGAACAACACCUCCAAGAUCUCGUACAACAAAGAGUCGGGCUAUAAGUUCGAAGUGAACCCCCAGACCGUCGAUUGGGGCGGUCACUUCUACUACAUUUACGACUCUGACGGAACUCAGGUGGAGAAGAAGAUUGCACCGCUGAGUAAUGGUGGACAAUACAUCCUGAGAUUCGACGAGGAGGAUACCCCGUAUGACCAUACGGAUCCAUCCCUCACCAUCUACCAUUACAAGGAUACGGCAAAGUCGUCAACUGGCCUCAUCUACUACACGAUCAUCCAGGAGUUAGCGACACAUGCUGUCAACAUUCUCUUGUCCAUCGGACCGAUUGCCAGAUAG